GCCAUCAACUCCCCUGCAAGUCUCGCUGGACUCGGCGGCGGCGGCGGCGGCGGGCGGGACCAUGAACGUGUUCCGGAUCCUCGGCGACCUGAGCCACCUCCUGGCCAUGAUCUUGCUCCUGGGGAAGAUCUGGAGGUCCAAGAGCUGCGCGGGCAUCUCUGGGAAGAGCCAGAUCCUCUUUGCUCUUGUCUUCACCACCAGGUACCUGGAUCUCCUCACUAACUUCAUCUCCAUCUACAACACAGUGAUGAAGGUGGUUUUUCUCCUAUGUGCCUAUACCACAGUGUACAUGAUCUAUGGGAAGUUUCGGAAAACAUUUGACAUUGAAAAUGACACAUUUCGCCUCGAGUUUCUUCUGGUCCCAGUCAUCGGCCUUUCCUUUCUAGAGAAUUACAGCUUCACACCCCUGGAGAUCCUUUGGACCUUCUCCAUCUACCUGGAGUCGGUGGCCAUCCUGCCCCAGCUCUUUAUGAUCAGCAAGACUGGAGAGGCAGAGACCAUUACCACUCACUACCUGUUCUUCCUGGGUCUCUACCGGGCCCUCUACCUCGCCAACUGGAUCAGGCGGUACCAGACUGAGAAUUUCUAUGACCAGAUCGCAGUGGUGUCUGGAGUAGUGCAGACCAUCUUCUACUGUGACUUCUUCUACUUGUAUGUGACCAAAGUUCUUAAAGGAAAAAAGUUAAGCCUACCAAUGCCAAUUUGACAACCCUGGUGAUGGAGCAAAUCAGUCAUCGUUCAUCCUUGGUGACCUACCCAGAACUUGGAAUCAAAUGUUAAAAGCCAGAAAAAUGCUUGGUAUGAACUCCAGUUAAGGCACUGAAAGUACACUCUAUUGAGGCCUUAUAACACCCAUCAUUGGACGUAAUGAGAUAUAGAGUCAAGUGCUUAAGUAUGGUUCUUCACAUUUGGCAAUGGAAACUGCUGUUCCUGAGGAUGUAGUUCAAGGUUCAGGCCAGUAAUGGCCACACCAAUCUGGAAAGACCCCUCUGUCUGGGUCAGGAUACCCCAACUGGAGCUGCAGGAAUACAUUCGGCAGCAGUUCCCAUUUUCCAGGGGCAGCCCACACAAGCCAUCCCAGGCCCAAGCAGUCCAGUUUAACUUAGAUCCAUCAUGUCACCAUAUGCUGCCUUGCUCAAAAAAAAAAAAAAACAAAAAACAAAAAAAAAACCACAAUUGCUUCUUCCUUCCAGUUUUAGGUGCUAACUAGAUUUAUUAAUCCAACUUUCCUAACUUUUGUCCCGAAGGAAAAAGUGUUGGUAAGAGGAUUAUACUGAACUAUUCAGAAUUUUUAGCAAUAAAAAGUUCACACCUUAUUGUCAA